AUGACAGUCCAGCCUUGGGAGAGUAUCUCGGCCAAGAAGCGCCAGGCUCUGGCACAGGCUAUUCCUCCGGAAUGGCUGAUUCCAGCUGAUAUCCUCCCGCCUGAUGACCAGGCCGAUGUGACAACCUUCCUCCACGAGUCCGGCUGGUUCACCGACAGAGAGUUGGAGAUUCUCGACACGCCGUCGCAGAAGAUUCUGGCGGAGAUCGCUUCCCAGUCCUGGACUUCGGAAGAGGUCACCCGAGCCUUCUGCAAAGCCGCCGCUGCUGCUCAACAACUGGCAAGUUCACGCCAACCCAUCACUUCACAGAUCAAUUGCUUGACGGAUUUCUUCUUCGAAGAGGCCAUUGCCCAGGCAAAGGAGCUGGAUGAGUCUCUCCGAACAACUGGAACGAUCAAGGGCCCCUUCCAUGGGCUCCCAAUCUCUAUCAAAGAUAACUUCAACAUGAUCGGCAAGGACUCGACAAUCGGACUGGCCUCGCUGGCCGAUCAGCCCGCAACGUCGAACAGUGUCCUAGUAGACAUACUUGUCAAAGCAGGAGCGGUGCUGUACGUCAAGACCAAUAUCCCCACCGCCAUGAUGAUGGGAGAAUCAGUCAACCACGUCUUUGGGCGCACUGUGAGUCCGCUGAACCGGAAUAUGACUUCAGGCGGGUCUUCAGGUGGUGAGUCCGCUCUUGUUGCGUUCGGAGGCAGUCGUCUGGGUGUAGGAACAGACAUCGGUGGCUCCCUCCGCAUUCCGGCCGCAUGUACUGGGAUUUUCACUAUUCGUCCCUCGUUUGGGCGCUUCCCCAGUGCGCUGGUCCGCGCUGGGCUAGCAGGCCAGGAAAGUAUCGUCAGCGUAGCUGGACCAAUGGCUCGUACUCUAGACGAGAUUGUCUUCUGGUCCAAGACGGUGAUAGACUAUGCACCCUGGCUGCUAGACCCCAAGUGCUUGCCGAUUCCCUGGCGGACGGUCCAGCUGCCGCAACGGUUGAGGAUUGGUGUCCUGUGGCACGAUGGGAUUGUUGCACCGACGCCCCCGGUUGCGCGUGCAUUGAAGGAGGUGACCGGGAAGCUCGAGAAGGCGGGUCACGAAGUCGUCACCUGGAAGAAUACCGAUUAUAUUGAGCUACUGACGGUGACUGGGCGUAUGUUCCUUGCGGAUGGCGGCAAGUCCAUCAAGAAACUGCUCGAGCCCACAGGGGAGCCCUUCCCGGCGGAGAUGAAGCCCUUUGAAGCUGCGCAGGAGAUUGGCGUCCACGAUCUGUGGCAGUUGCAUGUGGAGCGAACUCGGCUAGCCCAGGCGUUUUUGAAUCGGUGGAACGAGAGCGGUAUUGAUGCUAUCCUGUGCCCGACAACCCCGUACAGUUCGGCGCCCAAUGGCAAGUUCGCAUAUGGCGGAUACACGACGAUAUUCAACGCUUUGGACUAUAGCGCCGUCUCGUUCCCUUGUGGCGUGCACGCUGAUCGGGAAGUGGAUGCUCCAUAUGCGGACCAUAAGAGCCUCUCCGAGUUGGACACCAAGGUGCAGUCGGACUACGAUGCGCAGGCUGUGCAUGGAGCGCCUGUGAGCCUUCAAUUGGUAGGACGCCGCCUGGAAGAGGAGAAGGUCCUGGCGAUGACGGAUGUUAUCCUGCAAGCUAUUUCGAAGGCCUCUGAUUGUAACGGCCUUGCUGAGCUAUGUAGAUAG